AGCUCACACCUGUGAUAUUCUGAUUGAUAAUAUUUUACUGAGAAUAAGUCAACGUCUUCGAUCGUGUUCGAACAUAAAAACAAUUAACUCAUCCAUUACCGCAUGAGGUUUCAAUUUCGUCAAAAUUGUUUUUGCAUGCUCUUUCACAAAAUUAUUUCCCCUGAUGACGUAAUUACCUCGUGGAUAUUAUAUAUUUUUUUCCAAACAUGUUGACAUCGUUUCUCUCACAUUUUUUGAUUUAUUUGUGGUUUCACUCAACACUAUUAGGUAAGUAUGAAUUUGCUUUUAAUAUUGCUGACAUGGGUGUUCGCGAAAGACGUGAAAUAUUAGGCGCUGAGACAAACAGUCACGCUUUACCCUCAUGGAAUGUGUUCCACGAUCCACAGUAUUGGCAACACUUUGAAAGGGAGGUCAGAGCGAAGGCGUGGAGUUGUCAAUUCAACAGUGACAUCCUACAAUCGAGCCUGGAGAAGGAUGCAGCCCUUUAUGACGAUCCUACAACCUUCAGGAAACGAAGAAAUGGCGUUCAAGAGUGGGUAACGAACACCACCUUAUGGAUUGAGACAGCGCUGGGUGCCUGUAAGGAACUCAGCAACGGAGAGAGUGGUCAAUAUGUUCGACAACUUGACGAGUUAAAGAUUUUGGAGGCGUUUUCUGACUAUUUGGAUCAUUUGAAUUUCUUCCAAAUGGUGGCUGAUAAAAUGGCUUCACUAGGGCAGAGGGUGAAACCUCUAAGCCAGGACUCAUCAGGAAUCCACGACAUCGAUAAACUAGAUCCCAUCAUGUUGGUUGGUUACUCAGAGAAAUUCGAGGACAUGAUGAACACUUCUAUUUGGAAUGUGUGCGUGGACAGGCACACCAAAGUGAACCCACACCACCAGGCGCACUGCCUGUGGCACGGCUGCUGCCGAGAUAAGAAUAGCUGCACGUUCUGUGAGGGUGUGAAGACCAUAGCCCUCCGCGAGAUGGUCUGUGACAAAGUGUCCAGAAGAGUUCAGAAAAACUUGGGUGGGAAACUUUCUAAAGAUAUGUGGGACGUGGACAUCGCCUUCUUCGUCGGCCUUCCAGAGGAUUGGCUCGCGAGAGCGAAAAGCAUGAUGUUGGAAUUAAAAGGAAAUGAUACCUACACUUAACUUAUAUAUGUAAAAUUUGGAAUAUAGUAGUAAGGAACUGUAUAGCAAUAGUAGGUACUGUAUAUAAGAAAGAAAUGGUUCGUCUAAUAAAAAUAAUAGUCAUAGAA